AUGUAUGUUUUGCAAUGUGGUGGGCUACAAAAGUAUUUAAAUGAACAAGGCUUCCAUAUUGUGGGCUAUGGUUGCACAACAUACAUAGGAAAUUCUGGGGAAUUAGAUGAAUUAGUUACUGCUGUUAUAUCAGAAAAUGACAUUGUUGCAGCUGCUGUACUUUCUGGGAACCUAAACUUUGAGGGCCGUGGCCAUCCCUUGACAAGAGUUGACAUUGACUUCAACAAAAAGCCAAUUGUUGUAGGCAAAGAUGGUAAGGAUGUCUAUUUCAAGGAUAUAUGGUCAUCAACUGAAGAAAUUGCAGAGGUCGUUCAAUCCAGUUUAUUGCCUAAUAUGUUCAAAAGUACAUAUGAAGCUAUCACAAAGGGUAAUGCCAUGUGGAAUCAUUUAUCAGUACCAAUUGCCAAGCUAUACUCAUGGGACCCGAAUUCUACUUACAUUCACGAGCCACCAUAUUUUAAAAAUAUGACUAUGGAUCCCCCUAGGCCAAAUGGAGUGAAGGAUGCCAACUGUUUGCUGAACUUUGGUGAUAGUAUCACUACAGAUCACAUCUCGCCAGCUGGAAGCAUUCACAAGGAUAGGCUGCCAAGUAUCUUGUCGAGCAUGGGGUUGAUCGCAAGGACUUCAACUCUUAUGGGAGUUGUUCGCUUGAAAAUAGAUAUAAAUAUGCUGGAGUGGACACUAUUGCCUUGGCUGGAGCCGAGUACGAAAGCGGAAGCUCUCGAGAUUGGGCUGCGAAAGGCCCAAUGUUGUUGGCAAGGAGUCAAAGCAGUGAUUGCUAAAAGCUUUGAAAGGAUCCAUCGCAGUAAUCUUGUUGGAAUGGGCAUUGUUCCACUCUAUUUCAAGUCUGGUGAGGAUGCAGACACACUAGGAUUGACUGGUCAUGAGCGUUAUACCAUUGAUCUUCCCAUCCGACCAGGUAAUAUUUUCUUCCUUCUUUCUGUUCUAUAA